GCAGACGACGUCACAACGGCAGCUAAUGCUUCUUUCUUUUAGAGAGAGAGAGCGGCACAGCGGCUACAGCUAGUGCGAGCCACGGGUGCAUAUGCGACCGAGCUACAAUGCCGUCGAAUUCAGCUCAUGUUUCCUUCCACCUUUUUAAUUUCUUUAAUUUGCAUGUCUCUCCAUCACUACCAAAUUCGGCUGAUCAUUCAUGCUUUCCAUUGAUCCCCUUCUAUAUAUAUAUGUAUGAAGUGUGCGUGUGUGAGAGAGUGUGUAUGUAUCAGUUUGAUUGCAUAUGAAAUGGCUGCUUCAUCGCUCGACGCCGAGGCAGCAGCUGCAGGCCAACAAGACAAGGCCGGCAGCGGCAGCUACACCACUGCAGCCACUGCUCAUCAAAUAGACACAGAUUCAUGGCAGCAGGUAGGGGUGCUGCUGGUGGUGGGGUUCAACUGCGCCUACGUGCUGAGCUUCUCCAACCUGAUGAUGGCGCCGCUGGGUUGGGGGUGGGGCAUCGCCUGCCUGCUGUUCAUCGGCGCCGCCUCCUGGUACGCCAAUUGGCUCCUCGCCGGCCUCCAUGUCAUCGACGGCCAGAGGUUCAUCCGCUACAGGGACCUCAUGGGCUUCGUCUUCGGGAGGAAAAUGUACUACAUCACUUGGUUCCUGCAGUUCAUCACCCUGAUACUCGGAAACAUGGGCUUCAUUCUGCUAGGCGGAAGAGCACUCAAGGCGAUACAUGCGGAGUUCAGCAGCAGCCACUCACCGGCGAGGCUCCAGUGGUUCAUCGCUGCAACCGGAUUCGUCUACUUCGCCUUCGCCUACUUCGUGCCGACCAUUUCCGCCAUGAGGAACUGGCUGGCCACGUCCGCCGCACUGACCGUCGCCUACGACGUCGCCCUCAUUGUCAUCCUAAUCAAAGACGGGAAAUCGAACAAGCAGAAGGACUACAAUGUCCACGGGACGCAGGCAGAGAAGGUGUUCGGCGCGUUCGGCGCCAUCGCGGCCAUCCUCGUGUGCAACACCUCCGGGCUGCUGCCGGAGAUACAGUCGACGCUGCGGAAGCCGGUGGUGUCCAACAUGCGGCGGGCGCUGCUGCUGCAGUACACGGCCGGGGCGGCGGUGUACUACGGGAUCAGCGUGGCCGGCUACUGGGCGUACGGCGCCGCCGUGUCGGAGUACCUCCCCGACCAGCUCAGCGGGCCCAGCUGGGCCACCGUCCUCAUCAACGCCACCGCCUUCCUCCAGAGCAUCGUCUCGCAGCACCUGUUCACGGUGCCGAUACACGAGGCGCUGGACACGCAGAUGCAGAGGCUGGACGAAGGGAUGUUCUCGCGGUACAACCUCGGGAGGCGGCUGCUGGCGAGGGGGCUCGUGUUCGGAGCCAACGCCUUCGUCACCGCGCUCUUCCCCUUCAUGGGCGACUUCGUCAACCUCUUCGGCUCCUUCGUCCUCUUCCCUCUCACCUUCAUGUUCCCCAGCAUGGUCGUCCUCAAGAUCAAAGGGAAGGAUGAAGCAGGGAGAUGGAACAGGAUUUGGCACUGGGGCAUCAUCGUCGCCUCCUCCGUCCUCAGCGUCGUCACCACCGCCGCCGCCGUCCGUCUCAUCGUCCACAACGCCAGCGUCUACCAUUUCUUCGCGGACAUGUAAUCAAUCGACGCCGGAGAUUACCAUUUGCACCGUCGAUUACCAUUUGCAAGUGCAGUGUGCUGUGAUCAGCCGGGUUUAGAGCUUUGCAUUCUUCCAUUAAGGAUGAGAUUGCAAGCGCAGCGCUGUGAUUAGCGGGUUUACAGCUUUGCAUUCUUCCGUAAGGAUUAUAUCAUCUUUGACGAACACAUUGGACCUAACCAAUGUUAAGCUAUGCCAACCUAUUACACUUGACGCCGAACACGAUAUUAUUUUUACCGAGGACGGCA